AUGGCAGCCUACGUUUUCCUAGAAGUGGCAUCUAUGGGUGCCUAUGGACUUGUUCUGGCAAAUAUCGUGAACAUGACGGUGCGAACCGGAUGGAGUGUUUGGUUCAUCCAGUCAUUCCUCCUCAAAAAUGGGGAUGGUAUCGGCGCCAAUGAUCUGAAAAUCCAGCCUGCUACUUACGUCCUCGGUGUAAUGGCAUCUGUGGCCCGUCAAAGGUUGUCUUGUCUGCAUAAGGGCCUUGUCCCUGCGAUCACGUUUAGCGGGGCUUACAUCCUCAUAAUGUGA